UGCAAAAGUGGUAUGUCUCAAUGCGAUAUAAUGUUGGCAUAAUCUCACAUUUCUUAGGAAAUCCCGAAGCCUAAAGCUCCCAUGGAAGCCCCUAAAAAUGUUCCUAGGGUUCUGGAGCCUGGAAAGAACCAGAAAGAGGAUGCUCAAGCGCGAGGGGUGCCACGAGUACCGGUGCCCCCAAGUGCAGCUCCCGGCCCUGCUUAUGCGGGACAGACGCAGCGAAUGCCUUCUUUAGCUGCUGGUUUGAGGCAAGCAUCACAGCGCUCAAAGGUUGGUAUUCAAAGCAGGAUGAGCAUCCCCAAGUAUGCGUCUAGCAUGGAACGGACAAUUACUGGAGGUCCAAGGCUUCCUACGCUUUAUGCCAGACUUCCCACCGCUUCUGAGAUUGUGCAAUUGGAGCGCCGACUUGUGAGGGCUGAAAACGAACUUUUGCAACGUGAAGAAUCCUGCCGAGUUUGCGAUAAGACUACGCCACACGGAGCGCCUGCGAUGAGAGAGCAUUAUCAGGAACACAAGGAUGAAAGGGUUCAGUUCUGUCCUCUAUGUGAAAUCAACUGGACAGAAUGGAGCAUGGAGCGACGUCGUGAGCACUUGAUCGUUGUGCAUUCUCUGAACUCUAUACGGAUCAGGAAUGGAGUCCCCGCUCAACAAUCUGCCAAUGCACCAUCAAGAUCAGCACCAGGUGCAAAUGAUCAGCCUGCUCAGCAAUCUCAUGGGCCCCAGGGACCUCCGCAGCCUCAAUGUUGCGAUUACGUCGAAAGAUGCAGAGUCUAUAUUGGAGGCAUGACGCAGCAAGUAAGAGAAACGCUGUCCAUCCCAAGCAAGAUGAAGCGAUAUUAACAAGGAUGUAGGAGAUACAAGAGCAUUAUAAGUCUCAUCAUAAGCCUUUCGUUCAAUUGCCUGUAAAGACUGCAGUGUCAGCUUCUGCUCAACCUCCAGCAGAAUCUGUUUUACCGGUUCCUUCUCAAGCUGCCUCUCAAACCACUACUCAGACGACUGCUCAACAAGCUGAUCAUCCGACGGCUCAACCUAGCAGUCAGCUGCCCACUGGAGCUCCUA